UUGAUAUGGCUGAUGUUAUGUGUUGCGUGUCGUUUUAUUUUUAAAUAUACUGACUUUUAUGAAUGAAAAACAUAUAUAAACUGAAACAUGGCUUUUUAAAUAUAUAAAUCAAUUAAUGUAUAAAUUGUGGAGUGGUGGCAUAUUAUUAUGCAACUCAUGUCAUCUUGCAAAGAUUUAGUUUAUAUUGGAAGAUUAUUGUUUAGCAGCAAUGAAACGUUAUAGACGUAGUAGCAAAGAAAAUAUAUACUAGAGUGUGCAAAAUGAGACCCAGGCGGGAGACACUGAUCGUUGGAGCGCUGUGUGUGGCGUGGUAUACCCUGAGUUCAGCGAGCAAUGUGGUGGGCAAACUGGUGUUAACGGAGUUCCCGUUCCCUGUAACGGUGACGCUGGUGCAGCUGCUAUCGACGGUGGUGUACAGCGCGCCCGCUUUCGCGGUCGCUGGCGUGCGGCGCGCGCCUUCCUUCCCAUUACGUUUCUACUGGCGAGUCCUAGUGCCCUUGGCCUUCGCCAAAUUCCUUACCACCAUGUUUUCACAAGUCUCUAUAUGGAAAGUGCCUAUCUCGUACGCUCAUACAGUGAAAGCGACGACGCCGCUGUGGACGGCGGGGCUGGCGUACGCGCUGUUCGGCGAGCGCGCGCCGCGCAACGUGCAGGCGGCGCUGCUGCUGCUGGCGGCCGGCGUGGCGCUUGCCUCGGCCACCGAGCUGCACUUCGACGCGCUGGGGCUGGGCGCCGCGCUCGCCGCCGCCGCGCUGCUCAGCCUGCAGCACCUCUACUCCAAGCGCGUCAUGCGCGACACGGCCGUGCACCACCUGCGCCUUCUGCAGAUGCUGAGCGGCAUCGCGCUGGUGCCGGUGGUGCCGGUGUGGGCGCUGAGCGAGGGCGCGGCGGUGUGGCGCGCGGGGGUCGCGGGGGGCGCGUGGGGCGCCGGGGGCGCGUGGGGCGCGGGGGGCGCGCGCACGGGCGCGCUGCUGGCGGCGGACGGCGCGCUGGCGUGGCUGCAGGCCGUGGCCGCGUUCAGCGUGCUGUCGCGCGUGACGCCGCUCGCGUACGCGGUGGCGUCGGCGGCCAAGCGCGCGGCCGUGGUGCUGGCGUCGCUGCUGCUGCUGCGCAACCCCGCGCCGCCGCUCAACCUGCUGGGCAUGGCGCUGGCGCUGCUGGGCGUGCUGGCCUACAACCGCGCCAAGCUGCGCGCCGCCGCGCCGCCGCUGCUGCCCGUGUGACGAGCGCCGCUCCUUUUAGCUAAUUUGUUUAAUCGAGAUCUGCGUAAAAUGCUUGUCGUAUUCGAUUGAAAAUAAUUAAAAAUCUCUGACUCCAGCGAAGCGGUUCGGACACUUUUCGUAGCUAUUCACCAUAACAAUUGUUGCAAAUCAAAAAUCCUAUGUAUGUUGAGUUUUGUUUAAAAAAGAAAUAGAAAUACUGCCUCCUACUUAGAAUAAAGAGAGGCUGAUAGUUUAUUGAAUUCACUCUUACUGCAUUGUCAGUUAAUAAAGUAAUGAGUAAUUUUUUUUCACUAUAACAGUAUUAAAAAAAAUUAAUACGUUCCUAUACAAACGAUAGAUUUACAUAUAUUAGUUAAACUUCAAUUCAUAAUGACUGAUCGUUUAACGAUGGCAGACUCGCAACUUACAAUAC